GCGGCACAGCCCGGCCGCGGGGAAGGGCCCAGCGGCGGCGGGGACGGAGCGAGCCGAGCUGGGUAUGAAAGGAGCUCGUGGAUUCUAAUUUAGAAGCCGAGAUGGAGGAGGAGGUGUCAAUGCCUGAACCUCAGAUUCUUGUGGAAAGAACUUUGGCCCUCAUCAAACCAGAUGCUGUUGAUAAAGAAGAAGAAAUAGAGGAUCUCAUUCUCCGAUCAGGAUUCUGCAUCGUUCAGAAACGGAAGCUCCAGUUGAGCCCAGAGCAAAGUAGCAACUUCUAUGCAGACCAAUACGGAAAAAUGUUUUUCCCCAAUUUAAUAGCCUAUAUGAGUUCUGGACCUUUAGUUGCUAUGGUUCUUGCCAGACAUGAUGCAGUUUCAUACUGGAAGGAAUUGCUUGGACCCACAAACAGCCUAAGAGCUCAGAGAACUCACCCUCACAGCUUAAGAGCCAUCUAUGGGACUGAUGACCUGAGGAAUGCACUGCACGGCAGUGCCACUGUUUUCUCAGCAGAAAGAGAAAUCAGAUUCAUGUUUCCAGAAGUGAUCUUGGAGCCAAUUCCAACUGGACAAAGAGCCAGGGAUUACUUGAACCUGUAUGUAAAGCCUACAUUACUGGCAGGGCUCACUGCCCUCUGCAAAGAGAAGCCAGCAGAUCCAAUGAUUUGGCUUGCUGACUGGUUGAUUGAACACAAUCCUAAUAAACCCAGGCUACAACAUCGAAUUGCUGAGGAAGAGUAUCAAGGGUGAGAGCUCAGUGGAAACUGCCUCAAGCAUUCCAAGUUACACUGUUUUCAUUUUCAGUGUGUCCCUGGCUAUGUAACCAAUAUCUGAAGUAUUGCCAUAACUACCUGUGUCUUCAUGGAUACAUAACCUUAUAUUUAAGUAGGAUGUUCUAGUAGCUCUUGAACUGACAAAGUGAAUGUAGAAUUACAUGAUAAAUGUAUGGGGUCAGGUAAUUAGAAAAAGAUAAAAUUCUCAACAAGUGUGGCUUAACUGCUAUUUUCUCCAUUCAUCUUGUUUUGGCUGACUGAGGAGAACAAAAUUAUUUACAGCAGUGCAAAUUCCCAGUUGGUAUAAAGCUGCCCUGUGCUUUGUGAAACAGAGCCAUGAUUCAGCAUUUUUUCAGCAGACAAAAAUUCCAUUAUAAAGAGAGGUAACUGGAUGUAACUUAGGAAACAAUUGUUGCAGGCAUCUCAGUAUCCUGAGAAUUGUAAUUGCUAAUUACAUCACCCAGCUAAGGUCACUCUUGAAGGUGAUUCCCUUGAACCUGAUGUAUUCUGUCAGAAUGUCAUUUGAAAGACCUAUUUGAAGAUAUAUUGAAUGUGCAUUUCCCAACUCAGUGGCAAAAGGCAUGGUACUUAAAAAUCAGUCUUUGAUUUCCAUUAGAAGUCACAAUAAGGUGUAUUUUGGUCAAGGACUAAUGCUGUUUUCCAACAUUUAUUUGAAGGAAAGGUGCUUAAGGGGAAUAGCUCACUUUAAGGGUGUUUUUUGUGUUCUGCUCUUAGGAGUUACUCUGAUGUCUGGUGUUUUCCUUGUAUUGCUGUUUAUUCUUGAACUUUAAUGUCUUCUAUUUGAGAAUUUUAAGAGAAUGGGUUAGGAGCCCUACUAUUCAACAGGCAAUGAGUUAAUCCCACACCUUUUCUAAAGUAACUGAACUGUGGUGGUGCUGAGGGGGGGAAUUUUGAGCUUUUUAAUUAUACUUGCACAGUUAACUUCAAGCUUUGUACCAUCUUCUGGUUUGACUGGUUAGGAUGGAGAAAGCAAUUUCAUUUUCACAACUCUGAAAUAUUAGAAUGCUUGUCUAAUACUAAACAAACAAGCAAUUUCAUAAUUUGUUUCAUGAAAAGACUUGCUCCCUCAACUUGAGUAAUUGCCAUAAAGCAAAACUCAUUUGUCUGUAACAUUAAACGUUGUUUAAAUUAAUUAUUUAUCUUAGUGGAUAAACAAGUCUCUGUGGAAUUAACCACUAUUGCCAGCCCAGAGAAUAAACAUUAAGAAAUCUGGUCCCUACAAUACCAAGACCUAAAACUGUUGGGAAUUUUAGGAAAAGAAAAAAUAGAAAGUCCAAACCCUCAACUAUGAAGAAAAAAAAUGAAGUGGUUAGAAAUACAGUAAACAGAUCUGUUUACAACUAUUUUUUUUCCUAUAAUUAUUGUCCCCUUAGGUAUCUGAUUGUUUAAAUUACAGGACAGUUGUGCUUUGUGGUUUCCUGUCAGCCAAACUAAAAUCCUAGUGAGUUUACAAGACAUUCUCUUGUGUUUUGUUUGUUACUAUGGUAUUUGCUUACUGAUUUUAAUGUGCUGCUACUUGGCAAUAAAUAUCUCCUUUAU